CUAGGGGUCGGGAACCAUUAAAGCGGAUUUGGCUGGAACGGGCAAACCGCGAUAUGUCUUUCCGAAUAUUGUGGGAAGGCCACGGUAUCGCAAAUGUCUACCCAAAGGAUUAGAAGGCGACUACUUCGUGGGCAAGGUGGCGGACGAUAACAGGGGUCUUUUAUCGCUCAAGUAUCCCAUGGAACACGGCAUAAUUGACAAUUGGACGGAUAUGGAAAAAGUGUGGCAGAGUAUAUAUGAGGACCAUCUGUACGUACAACCAGAAGAGCAUCCCGUUCUGCUUACAGAAGCCCCUCUGAACCCGAUUAAAAACCGGACCAAAACAUUAGAAAUAUUCUUCGAGAAACUCAACGUGCCGGCCAUGUUCAUCUCGUUACAGGCCGUUCUGAGUCUGUAUGCCAGCGGUAGGACCACGGGUGUGGUGGUGGAUAGUGGUGAUGGGGUGUCACAUGUCGUGCCUAUCUACGAUGGUUUCGCCAUUGAACACGCCAUCACACGGUCGGAUGUGGCAGGACGUGACGUUACCAGGUAUCUGCAGCAGUUGUUACGGAAAGAAGGGGUUGGACUGCACACUUCAGCCGAGUUCCAGAUAGUGCGAGAAAUAAAGGAGAAGAUGUGCUUCCUAUACCCUUCGAGUAAGGGUAAGGUGGAUGCCAGUGGUAGGGCGAUGGACGUAGAUAACGAUGCCGAAAAGUACAGGUUACCAGAUGGCGAGGAGGUCUCUAUAGCACAUUGCAGGCAUCAGGCGCCAGAGGUGCUGUUCAAGCCGGAUCUGAUUGGCGCGGAAUACGACGGUAUACACAACAAUGUUCUCAGGACCAUCAACGAGUGCGACCGUGAUUUGAGGGACAACCUCAUGAAGAAUAUUAUACUGAGCGGAGGCACCACAACCACGCCAGGUUUUGGCGCGAGAUUAACCAAUGAACUGCAUCGUAGUCGGCCAGGCAACGACAUCAAAGUAACGGCACCUAAAGACCGGUUAUACUCCACCUGGGUGGGAGGCUCUAUCCUAGCCUCGUUAUCAACUUUCAAGCAGAUGUGGAUAUCACACUCCGAUUACGACGAAUACGGAGUGCAACGAAUGGUGGAGAAACUAUUUUAGAUCUGAGAAGAUGCAUUCAUGUGCUACAUUUCGAAAUGGACUGAACGUACUAGUGAAAGAAAUCAGACCACAAUAAAUAUAGUAGAACGUGAUACAAGGCCGUGUCCAUAUGAUUUCGAUACUGAGACUGUUGUUGUCUUUUAUCUAGCAUGUUAAAAC